AUGCAAUCGAAUUCCUUGCCACAGAGGCUUCCCCAUGUAAUCAACGCUGUGAUGUUCGCCAUACAGGGUCUUACGGCUGCCCUGGGUCCAGGGCUAUGCUCCUCUACGUCCUGCAAGGGCUAUUUCAUCCUGCCCGGAAAGUACGGGAAGUAUACUGGCGAAUAUAUAAUAGGCUUUACAUUUACGCACAAGAGGGUCUUGUCCCGUUCUAUCCAAGCAUGCGAUGUGCCUUGCUCUAGGAAGACGACGACGAAUACGGGCCAGAACGAUACGAACGCUCAGAGAUUUUGAAUAUCAUUUAAUACAACGGCGUUCUGGCUGUAGCGCAAUGCGCGCCACUGACCAGCCCUAACCAUUUUAAGGGACGCACCUUCAACGAAAAUCUGGGCACAUGUUAGCACUGGAAGUAGGUUGCGGUGGUAGAAGGCUGUAUUGUACAUUUGAGGAAGAGAACAAGCAUUGGUUGAUUGGACUUCGUGUAAAUAUAACAAACUAAAGUCUAGAGAACGGCAAACGACUCCGGGUCAAUCAUCAGAA